AUGGAGUACGAAACCAAUGGUGGCGAUCAUGCAGCGCCAGCAGCUCAAGAAGCAGCGCCCCCAGCACAUCCUGAUAAGCAGCAUCAUGAUGCAUACGCCAAUGGUGGAUAUGGUGGUUAG